AUGUUUAAGAACUUAUUUGUUGCCAGAAUAUUUUGGGUUGCAGUCUUGGUUAUACCAUUAUUUGCAUCCGAUCCCUGUCAAGAUUAUCAUCCAUUAAAUGAUGCUGGUAGAUCCAUUAGCUCAGAAGUAGAUACAAUUUUCAAAUGCGACAAAUCCUUAAUACAUCAAUGGUAUCGAUUUACUGAUGGAAAUAAGAGUGAACUGAUUCUAAAUAAAUGUGCUAAAGCAUAUGGAAAAUGUGGUACUAUAUCUCCAGGUUGGAUGCAAGGCACCCAUCCAGCAGUGGCCGACGAUAUCGUUAACAGGACAGUCUGCUUCUAUAGAGAUGAGAACUGUUGUGCAUCAAAGUCUCAAAUUCAAGUUAAAAACUGCGGUUCCUUCAUGGUAUAUCGAUUGCCGCCAUUGCCAAAUAUUCCUGUUUGCAGGCGUUAUUGUACAACUGCCAUGGAUCCAUGUGAUUAUUACGAUACACUAAGUGACAUUAGUAGAUCAGAUACGACCCUGUCAACCAAUAGCCUCCAACAAAACUACCUAUGUGAUGAUCAUCUUAAUAAUACAUGGUAUCGAUUUAAAUAUGGAGAAGUUGAUCAUAUCAUAAAAACGGAAUGUAUUGAAGCGAAUUCAAAAUGCGGAACCUAUUCACCAGGAUGGAUGUUAGAAGAGCAUCCUACAGUUCACUGCAGUUUAAAGAUAAGCUUUAAUGGAAAAGUCUCUUGGACGAUUGGGUACACUAGUUCACAAAAUACUUAUACCAGUGAUAAAGACUGGCAUCAUAAGAAAUCUAGUUUAAUUAAUAUAAGAGAAUUUAUUUCGAGCUAA